UAAAAAGACUAGAUUGUCUACUUGACUUUGCAUAUGGCAGUCUACUUCUUCACUUUCCAGUAACUUCCCUCAUUUCUUUCUCCCUUCUCUCAAAUUAUUAUUAUUACAAAAGUUGGGAGUUAGGUUACAUAGUUUCAAAUUCAGAUCACGAAUUGGGAAGUUUGCUAUUCCAACUCUAAUCUCUCAAAACUUCCCUAUUAGUAAUAUCAAUUUAAUUGGUUCAUGGAGAAGAACAAUUCCUUCAACUUCAGAGCCAAUCAAGAGAAUGAGCUUCAGAAUUCCUUCAAUGGAGAUUUAGGACUUGGACUCAAUGAUCGAAGAUUCGCGUUUUCCCGCCAAGCCUCGUUUCAGCAAUACCAGGAGCCUCGGACGCCGGUUUCCAACAACCUGGACGAUUCCCUCGCGGGUAGGCCUUUUCUGUCAAGAACUGUGUCCAGUAUUGAUAUUCCUCUUCCGGAGGCUUAUGCGGCCGAACAGAAUGUUAAAUUCUUUGGAGCAGAAGAAGUUUCGCCUCAUAAAUUAUCGGUUUCAUUGCUUCUGGGUUCGAUGUUGCGGAUCAUGAGUUCUGGGAGUAGGUAUAUGAAGAGGUUGUUCAUGUUGAUAUCGCUUAACGUGGCUUAUUCAACUACUGAGCUAUGCAUUGGUCUUCUCACGGGGCGUGUAGGUUUGGUGUCUGAUGCAUUUCAUUUAACUUUCGGCUGUGGUCUCUUGACUUUUUCAUUGUUUGCUAUGGCUGCCUCUCGAGGAAAGCCUGACGGGAUUUACACUUAUGGGUAUAAGCGGCUUGAGGUUCUGUCUGCAUUUACCAAUGCUCUGUUUCUGUUGUUUAUGUCAUUCUCUUUGGCCGUGGAAGCUCUUCAUGCAUUCAUUGAAGAUGAAUCUGAACACAAGCACUACUUGAUUGUAUCGGCUGUGACAAAUUUGCUGGUGAACCUUAUUGGUGUUUGGUUCUUCAGGAACUAUGCUCGUAUAAACUUAACAUACAGAAAAGCUGAAGAUAUGAACUAUCACUCAGUUUUCUUGCAUGUUCUUGCAGAUUCCAUUCGCAGUGCAGGUUUGAUAUUGGCAUCCUGGUUACUGUCUCUUGGUGUUCAAAAUGCUGAAGUUCUGUGCCUUGGACUAGUCUCAGUUACAGUUUUUAUGCUUGUAAUGCCGCUUUUCAAAGCAGCUGGUGGUAUUUUGCUUCAAAUGGCACCACCAAGCAUUCCAUCUUCUGCAUUAAGUAAAUGCUUGAGACAGAUUUCUGCCCUGGAAGAUGUAUCUGAAGUUUUUCAUGCUCGGUUUUGGGAAUUGGUUCCAGGCCAUGUUGUUGGCUCACUCUCAAUACAGGUGAAAAAAGGGACAGACGAUCGAUCAGUUCUCCAAUAUGUGCAUGGAUUGUACCAUGAAUUAGGCAUACAAGAUUUGACGGUGCAAACUGACGAUGUCUGAGCUGUUAUUGUUAUAAAUAUAUAUAUACAUAUAUAUCUAUUUUUUCUUUCUUGCACCUUGAUAAUUGAACGUUGUUUUGGGGUCUAAAUUUUGUGUAGAGUUAUCAUUAUUAACAUUCUUUAAUCUUUGGUAAUAAGUAGGGAAACUGGUUUACAAUUUUCAUUUUUUUUAUCACCGCCUUUGCAUUAACUGUAGAACUGUAAAUUCGUUUUAUAUAUUUGAUUGAGAAUAUAUGGCAGAGUGGUACACUUUCUUA